GGCUUUGCUUUUCAUCACACACCAUCUCUUCUGGUUUCCACCUUUCGUCCUUUACAAGAUCUUCUAAUUCCCAAGAUGGUUUCACUUGGCAUCACAAAAAACCUUCUAACCCAGAUUAUUCUAGUCGGAAUACUCUUAGCAGGAGUUGUGCCCGGCAAUGUGAAGGGUCAAAACUGUGGUUGUGCACCAAAUCUAUGCUGCAGCCAGUUCGGCUAUUGUGGCACUGGCAAUGACUACUGCGGCCCCGGGUGCAAAGAAGGCCCUUGUACUUCAUCGCCUACGACCCCUAGUACUAAUGGUGCUUCAGUGGCCGAUAUUGUGACAGAAGCUUUCUUCAAUGGGAUACUUAAUCAGGCCAGUGGAAAUUGCCCAGGAAAGAGCUUCUACACAAGAGCUGCAUUUCUUGAUGCUGUUAAUUCGUUUAAUGAAUUCGGCAAGACUGGUUCUGCUGAUGAUUCCAAGCGUGAGAUUGCAGCUUUCUUCGCCAAUGUCGCGCAUGAGACAGGAUCUUUGUGCUACAUAGAAGAGAUAGACGGUGCCUCGAAGGACUACUGUGAUGAGAGCAACACACAAUAUCCAUGCAAUCCAAACAAAAAGUACUUUGGCCGUGGACCACUUCAAUUAACUUGGAAUUACAACUACGGAGCAGCCGGAAAUAGCAUCAAAUUCGACGGAUUAAACUCUCCUGAAACUGUGGCCACAGAUCCCACUAUUUCAUUCAAGACGGCCUUGUGGUUUUGGAUGACUAAUGUUCACCAAGUUAUAGGCCAAGGGUUUGGUGCAACAAUUCGAGCCAUCAACGGUGCAAUUGAAUGCAACGGUGGAAACUCCGGUGCAGUCCAAUCUCGUAUCAAGUACUACACUCAAUUUUGCAGCCAACUCGGCGUUGCUCCUGGUGAUAAUCAGAGUUGUUAGGUGUAUCGAUCAUGAGCUUAAUAAAACAAUAAAUAAAGAUAAUAUUAAUGCCAACAAAUUAGUAAAAGUUGGCAGAGUUCGAUCGGGAUUAAUCAAGUCGCAUCCUAGUCUUAAAAAUUAAAUUAAGGGUGAAAGAGAUUAGUUAAUAUGAUCUCUUGUUGUAUGGCCUGUAUAUUGGGCAUUCAAUGGCUUGAUAAAUAAAAGGAAUGGAUCAGUAUUAUUAAUUA